UGGGGAGAAGCAGCAAAGGCUGGGGUUGAAAAUUACGUUCUGCUGGGCUGGGUCAGGCUGCCCCUGUUCUACAGCGGGCUGAGCCCCAAGCGAGCACUGGAUAAAAAUAAAACCGAUGUGCAGCACUGGCAAUCCAACAAAACAAUUCAUGUGGAUAGUGUUUGAUAUAAACCAGCUAAUAGUGUUUGCCUUGCAGCCAGUACAAGGAGAACAAGUCGCUUUUCUGCACGGUAGAGUCAUCUGAUGUUUGCUUUAAUUUCUGGCGGAUCGGGGCAGCGUGAGUCAGAUGCUCUCACAGCUGGCUCGGGCGGGGAGGAGGCCAGCAGGGACCCUGACUCACCAGAGCCGCCGCAUUCCUUCCAAAAAUCCAGCUCAGCGACUGGAAGCGAAACCACGGGCUGGGGGCAGCUCCAAGGUGCUGAGAAGAUGGCCUCCCCAGGUGCCCCAGGGACCCGCAUGACCUCCACAGUCAGCAUCAACAUUUCUACCCCCUCCUUCUACAACCCACAGAAGAAGUUUGCACCUGUGGUUGCCCCCAAACCCAAGGUGAACCCCUUCAAGGCUGGGGGUGCAUCAGAGUCAUCGCUGCCCCCGCCUCCUGGUCCUGGUGCCCAGCGUGCUCAGAUAGGGAAGGUGGGGGAGAUUCCAUUGCCACCCACAUGCCUGCUGGCAGAAGACCUGCCACUGCCACCUCCUCCUCCACCUGGGGAGGAUGCAAGCUUCUCCUCAAACUGUGCAUUUCCACCACCCCCACCACCCUUUGAAGAACCUUUUCCACCAGCCCCAGAAGAAGCUUUUCCUUCUCCUCCUUCACCUCCUCCUCUUCCACCAAUGUUUGACGAAGGACCUGUGAGCAAGGUUCCUGCCCCACAGGUACGUGGCAAGAUGAGCAGCGUUGAUCUUGAGAUUGACUCAUUGUCUGUAAUGUUGGAUGACAUGGAGAAGAAUGACCCCUUCAAAUCCCGGAUAACUCCAGGAUCCACAGGUUCUCUGGAGAAACCAUUGGCCCCAAAAGCCCCUGCAGAAAUACCAUCUGCACCCAAAGAUACUCCUCAUUCCUUUCCUCCCAAGUUCACACCAAAGCCAAGUGGAAGCUCAUCUUUCAAGCCCCCUGGGGUGGAUUUGAACCCCACCCCAACCCCAUGGGCAGCCCCACAGCAACGCAAGGAGCCCGAAGCACCAGCUCCUCUACCCCCAUCUCUCCCUUCUGCUCAGCCCACCCCUAAGUUCACCCCAUUGCCUGCUGCUGGCUCUCCUAAGUCUGUGUCCAAAUCGGGUGACAGUGUUCCAGUGGCUCCCUCAAAUUCUACAAGACACCCUACCUCCCUUCAGACUCAGUUCACAGCCCCUUCACCUUCAGGCCCCCCCUCUCAACCACAGCGCCCCAGUUUCACCUAUGCCCAGCAGAGGGAAAGACCCCAAGUGCAGGAGAAGCCACGCCCAACAGAACAGCCUGCUGCUGUAAAAGACACGCAUAGACACACAGGUUCCAGUGCAGAUCCACCUAGGGGGAAUUCCUGCCUGACAAUGAAGGAGGUAGAAGAGCUGGAGAAGUUGACCCAGAAACUAAUGAAGGAUAUGGAGCAUCCACCCCCAGCAGAGGCUGCAACUUCUGAGCUCUGCGGCUUCUGCCGGAAGCCGCUGUCACGAACCCAGCCAGCUGUGAGGGCCCUGGACCGCCUCUUCCACGUGGAAUGCUUCACCUGCUUCAAAUGUGAGAAGCAGCUGCAGGGGCAGCAGUUCUACAAUGUGGAUGAGAAGCCCUUCUGCGAGGACUGCUAUGCUAGCACCUUGGAGAAGUGCAGUGUCUGCAAGCAGACUAUCACAGACCGGAUGCUGAAGGCCACUGGUAACUCGUACCAUCCCCAGUGCUUCACCUGCGUGAUGUGCCAUACCCCUCUGGAGGGGACCUCUUUUAUUGUGGACCAGUCCAACCAGCCUCACUGUGUGGAUGACUACCACAGGAAGUAUGCUCCACGCUGCUCAGUCUGUAGUGAACCUAUCAUGCCAGAGCCUGGAAAGGAUGAGACUGUGCGUGUUGUUGCGCUGGAGAAAAAUUUCCACAUGAAAUGUUACAAGUGUGAGGACUGUGGGAAGCCCUUGUCCAUUGAAGCAGAUGAGAAUGGGUGCUUUCCUCUGGAUGGGCACGUGCUGUGUAUCAAGUGUCACACUGUCCGUGCAAAAACGGCGCGCUGAGGAGCUCGGAGGGGGCAUUCCCUCGAGACCCUGCACCCAAUACUCCCCUCCCUGCCGUUGUCCUACCCCUCUGCCUGACAGGGCAGACUGCUACCAAUGGAGACUAUGCCAGCGCAGUUUUUUACUCACGUAGGAUUCACUGCUCCUAGACUUCACUCUGCACACCCACCAAGAAAGGACCUCUUCUCCUGUCACUGCUUCCUGGCCACAGUGCAUUCCAGGCUGGGGGCUGUGAUCAAGGUGAGUGCACAAUCGCUGUUCCCUCAAGACUCUGGAGGAGAAAGAUCAGACCUCCACCACCGCCUGGUGGAAGAAGCAAGAAAGACCUGGUGGCAGGUGCUGGGAAGGGCUGAGAGCAUUCUGCAGUUCCAUGGAACAAAGAACAAUGAUUUAACUUGAGAAGGUGGAAGCCUGCAUCUCGGCACCACUUCUGUCUUUUGUUUUGUAUCUUGUGACAUCUCAUUAUCAGGAUGUUUUACUCUGCCUGCUCCCUCACCUGGGUUAGAGUGUGGAGGCAGAAAGUAGUGGGAAUCUGUUACUGUUGCUGGAAAAAGCUAACCUGCUAUAGCUUUUCUGUCUCUAAUGGAUUUUAAUGAUUAACUGUCUUGUCAUUUUUUUUCCUUAGCCAGAUUAAACUGGCAGUGUUUGAAAUACUACUCUGUUUCUGAGUUUGGAAACUUUUUCUUUUUAAAAAAAAAUCUUUUUCCCCUUCCCAAGAUGAAGUGUUUCCCAGUGUGGUUUCUGGACAGCCAGGCUGGGAACCAGAGUAGCAAAGCAGUCCAAAGAAUGCAUGUUUACAAAUAAAGACCGUCAUAAGGACGGGCAGCACAUGGUGAGGAGGCGUCUCAGUGCGUGGAUGAGGAUUCGGCAGACUGAGGAACGUCUCCUGUUCCAGUAGGGUUUCUUUCACUGCUGUCAGUGAAAGCUGCAGUGUAUUUGCAAUGUACUGUCUGGCUCCAAGUGUUACUGCACUGAGCCCCAUUUCCUGGACUAGAAACUGUCUCAGACUGAACCAACCCUUUAAAUAACAACACUGUCCAACCACUGUUUGCAUUCAAUAAAAUGUGUGGUUUUUUCCAUUAA